AUGGGAAAUACUGUGAAAACGCCAAGAGCCUCUGAAGAAACAAAUGUGCUGAGCCAAACGGGUCAGGAGAGUGAUUUCCUGGCUGUCCUCUACGACUACCCUUCAGCAGACAUAAGUCAACCUAUAUUUCAUGUAGGGGAAAAACUACGUGUGCUAUCGGAUGAAGGAGGCUGGUGGAGAGUCCAUUCCCUUACAACAGGUCGAGAGAACUAUAUUCCGGGAAAGUAUGUGGCAAAGGUUUAUCAUGGCUGGUUAUUUGAAGGGCUGGGAAGAGAAAAAGCAGAGGAACUUCUACAGCUACCCAACACCAAGGUCGGCUCCUUCAUGAUCAGAGAGAGUGAAACUAGGAAAGGGUUAUAUUCCUUGUCAGUGCGGCACAGGCAAGUGAAACAUUACAGGAUCUUCCGCCUCCCAAAUAACUGGUAUUACAUCUCUCCACGACAAACCUUUCAGUGCCUUGAAGACCUUGUGAAUCACUACUCAGAAGUUGCUGAUGGUCUCUGCUGUGUCCUUACAACACCUUGUCUUACCCAGUGCACUAACAGCAGCAUAACGAAUCGAGUUCCUCCUGUGGUGAUGCGGAAUAAAAACUUCAGCUGGAGAAAUAUUCACAGACUGGAGGUGACUGAAGAUACUGGAAGCACCCUGGCAGCAAUGGAUGAUUCUUGUCUCAGCUAUGGCCUGAGGGAAAGCAUUGCCUCCUACCUCUCCUUAACAGGGGAUGACAACACUUCUUUUGCAAGUGCCAGAAAGAAGAAAGCCCAGUCUCUUAUAUACACAGGGAGCAAGCGUAAAAGUGCCCUUCACUUGCCACCUACAUACUAUGAAGACUAA